GAUACAAAUUGGUUAAUUAACUGAUGUCGAAGCAUUGACUCUGCAACUUGUAGCAAUCUUUCUAAUUUUAGUCCUUUGUGGAGCUUGACUACUUCAUGCGCUUUUUUGUGGCUUAGUUGACUUCCAUCAUGCUCUUCAGAAUAUAAACUAAGCUCCUAGUUUCUCAACUCAUCGAUGAAAGAUGAUGUCUCACAAAAUCAACUUACGAGUAAUUUUCUUGAUCCUUGCUUUGUUCUGUUGUAAUGAAAACUCCCAUGGCAAGCUGGUUUGGGAGGGAUCUGCUGGAAUUUUCAAAGGUUUCAGGACGUUGACGAGUACCACGAAGCAUGCAUAUGGUCAAGGAUUCGAUGACAAGCCAUUUCUUUUCAAGAAUUCCCUCACCGGUGCAAUGACUGAUUUUUCUUUCACCUUCUUUUUUGCUAUUGCCCCUGAGCAUAGGCACAAAGGCUCUCACGGUAUGGCCUUCGUGAUCUCUCCUACAAGAGGCAUUCCUGAUGCAUCGGCCGAUCAGUACCUUGGAAUCUUCAAUGAAGCAAAUAACGGGAACAGCUCAAAUCAUAUCCUCGCUGUGGAGCUGGACAUAAAUAAAGAUGAUGAAUUUGACGACAUUAAUGAUAACCAUGUUGGUAUCAACAUAAAUGGGAUGAAGUCUAUUGUAUCUGCUCCAGCUGGUUAUUAUGAUCAAGAAGGUCAAUUUAGAAAUCUUUCUUUGAUCAGUGGAAAUCUACUCCGAGUCACGAUUUUGUAUAGCCAGAAGGAGAAACAGCUUAAUGUCACCUUAUCAUCGCCAGAGGAGUCUUAUUACCCAAAGCAGCCACUUCUUUCGCUAAACCAAGAUCUGUCACCGCAUCUUUUGGAGAAAAUGUAUGUCGGCUUCUCAGCCUCGACGGGUUCGGUUAGGGCACUGCACUACAUUUGGAUUUGGUAUAGAUUUACCACAUUGAUUGUUCCAGAACUGGAUUUUGGGAUACCGACGUUUCCUCCAUAUCCCAAGCCAAAAUCACUAGUAAAUCGGAUUCUUUGGGCGACUGGCUUGGCAUUGGCUCUCUUUGUUGCAAUGGUUGCAUCAGCUUUUAGUUUCUUCUUAUAUAGGAGAAACCAAAAGGUUCAAGAGGUUUUAGAGGAGUGGGAGAUUCAAAAUGGACCACAUAGGUUUGCUUACAAAGAACUGUUUAAAGCCACAAACGGUUUCAAACAACUUCUAGGCAAAGGAGGGUUUGGUCAGGUCUUUAAAGGCACACUACCAGGUUCAGCUGCAACAAUUGCUGUUAAGCGGGUUUCUCAUGGUUCGAGUCAAGGAAUGAGAGAAUUCUUGGCCGAGAUAGCAACUAUUGGUCGUCUUAGACACCCUAAUCUAGUUAGGCUUCUUGGUUAUUGCAAAUACAAAGAAGAGCUCUACUUGGUUUAUGACUUCAUGCCCAAUGGAAGCCUUGACAAGUACCUCUACGGCGGAUCAGAUCAAGAACAGCUCUCUUGGACUCAACGUUUCAAGAUUAUUAAAGACGUUGCAUCCGCACUUUCCUAUCUCCAUCACGAGUGGGUACAAGUCGUGAUUCAUCGAGACAUCAAGCCUGCAAAUGUCCUAAUCGACGACAAGAUGAAUGCAAGUCUUGGAGAUUUUGGGUUGGCUAAGCUAUACGAUCAAGGAUAUGAUCCUCAAACCUCUCGAGUAGCUGGAACAUUCGGGUACAUGGCACCAGAGCUCAUGAGAACCGGAAGACCAACCACGGGAACAGAUGUGUAUGCCUUUGGUGUGUUUAUGCUUGAAGUUUCUUGUGGUAGAAAGCUGUUUGAGCCACGAGCAGAGCCUGAAGAGGUCGUUCUUGCGGAUUGGGCGAUUAAUCGUUGGGAAAACGGCGAUAUAGUAGAGGCGGUGAAUGAAAGUAUCCGACCUGAUCAUGACAAGGGACAACUCGAGCUUGUUCUGAAGCUAGGAGUGUUAUGCUCGCACCAAGCUGAAGAGGUUAGGCCGGAUAUGGCUACGGUGGUUAAGAUCUUGGACGGAGUUUCUGAGCUUCCGGAUAAUCUCCUGGACAUUGUCAGAACCGAGAAGUUGGGAAAAUGGUACGAGACGUACAAAAACGUGCUUGAUACGGAGAUUACAGAAUCUGCAGGUAACUUGACGAUUACGGAACCGAUGACUUCCGUUGGACGGUAAAAAAAGUGAUUGUCGAUGUUUUGAUGAGAACUUCAACCGUCCAACAUGUGACUGUGUUUGCUUUAUAAAAUAUCUUUGUGUUCAUACUUAAAU